AUGGCCGGAGAGGAUGUCUCGGUGGCCAUUGCGGCCCUGGUAAUUGCUAUCGUCGCCCUGUUCGCGGCGACUCUUCAAUUCGCACAGGCGGUUUUCGCGACGGCCCGAGGUCUUCCCAACUGCGACGAACGAGUGAUGGGCGGGUGGUCAAAGAACAGCAAGAGCAGAAUCAGGUGGAGACAACUAAGGCUCGAGGUCGAGUUCGAAGCGCCCAUCAUCUUUCUGGCCCCUCCGAGAAAUGAGAAGAACCCAGGCAAAGGCGAUGCGUGGCAUGCGGAGGGCACACCGGAGAGUUGCAAGAAGACUCGUGUCGACUAUGACACACUUUCUCCCAAGAACGAACUCGAAAGCGUUCAUACGGUUGACAACGAGCUUGCGACAUGGGUCUACCUGUUGAAUGCAAUUGAACGAAUGGAAAAGGACUCACGGGAGUGGGAGACCGAUGAGAGGGAGAAGGAAUCGGGCGAAAACUUCAUGCCGGUGAAAACGCCACUGCCCCCCGCGACUCUUACAGUCAAGAUUAUGGCGAAGGAGAGGAGCUUUGACACAAACCCGGCAAUCAAGAAGCCGUAUGCAAUCACGACCAUCUCUCAUUUAGUCGAGCUUGCCUCCGUUCUCGGGAUUUACUGGAAGGUUUUCGACCGUGACGACAACAAGUACCGCGCCGAAGGAAACGGAUACAUCUUGACCGGUACCCGCAUUGCCGACUUUGGAAUCGUCUUUGUCUUUGAGAAGACCGGCAGAACUACCUUCGGCGAACGGCGGUUGAUACCGACAUCAGAGGUCAAGGAGCUGUGCUUUGGCAGAGUUCCCACCCUAUUCCGGGCAAAGAAGGAUGAGGAAGAGGAUGUGGAGUGGCAAGAUCCCUUGAAGACAUCGUCUGGGAAGAAGGAUUGGAAAGUCGAGAUCCUAGAGCUGGGUAGCGAGAGCGAAAUCGCCGAAACACUCACGCAGAUUGGGUGCAAUGUCGAAACGAUUCUCUACUAUAAAGACAAGAAGAAGCACAGGCACAUCUUUCCCGGCAAGGUUCACUUCUCGUCAUGGGAGAUGUUUAGCUAA